AUGAAUCAGGCUACGUUGCGGGCCGCAACUUGCGGCCAACAAGUCUACGACACCAGACGUGGACAAUGCGAGGGCGAGGAAGCAGACAAGCUGCUUUCCUUUUUUCCCACCAUCGCGCCCAUCCACGUGCGCACCUCCAUUGUCGGACUGGCACAGGCCGUCUCUUCGUUCGCGGCGACGCUGAACCAGCCACCAAACCACUACAUCCCUGAACAGAACGGCAGUCGGUUCAAGACCAUGGUCGCGGAGCACAACAAGUGGGUCAUGUUUGAGUGCGAGCCAUCCAUCUGGGUGCUGGCGGUUGUACGGAAGUCCUGGGCGGGUGGCACCUGCACCAAUGCCGCCUUCAAGGCAUUGCUGACGAGCAUGUACGACGUGUUCGUACUAUUGCACGGCAGCAUGGACACCCUGUUGGAGCAGGAUCCUACGGGUUUCGCGCUACGUCGUGUGCUACAGCCCCUUUUGGACGAGAUUGGGUUCCGGCUACUGCGCCCUGAAGCUGCAGCUUCCCGCGAGCCGGGUGGCCAUGUGGGCCUCCUGGCUAACCCCUUGGCACCCCACUGCCCGGGGACGGUGCCCCUCAUCACCACCUCGCAUCACACAUUCUUGGCCGUACAGAGCCUGGUCAACCAGCUGCUAGUGGCUUCCUUCUACGGCUCCCGACUGGUGGCGGGAGUGAUGGUGAUGUGGGGGGGAGGAGGGGCGGUGUGGAGCACAUUGUCAGCUCAAGACACGGCGGCUUUGAGCACGUUGGCGACCAGGGCGCUGGUGCCGGCGGCUAAGGCGGCACAGAAGAGCCGCCCCGGGGGCGCCGGCGCUAGCGUCACAGCCAUCGCUAGCAACGGCAGUAGCGGCGGCGGCGGCGGCGCGGCCGCUGCUGCCGGUCCUGGUGAGACGGCGUACGAGACCCUGCUUAGCCCGCUGCAAUGGCGCGCCGGCGGCGGAAUCACAUCCGCGCCGCCACCGCCACCGGCGGCGCCGUCGUCCUCGGCGGCAGCAGCGGCGCUGUCGCCAGCAGUAUCCUCCCUGGCGGCAAUGGCCGCAGGGCUCGGCCUAACGUCAACUGCCGCCGCCGCCGCCGGUGGUGGCGGCUCCGGAUCGGCAAUCGGCGGCGGCGGUGGCGCCAUGUUCGGGCCGUCGACGCCAGCUGGCAUCAGCUUGGCGGGCAUCCUUGGUUUCGGAGUCGGUGCUGGCGCAGUGCCGGCGACGGUAGCGGCGCCGGCGCUGCCUGUUUCAUCAUCCGCAACCGCCGGGCCGCCGUCUUCUGCGUCGUCCGCGUCGGCGCCUGGUGCUGGCGGCGGUAGCACGGGAUCCGCCCUUCCGCCGUUCUUGUCGUCCUUUCUGCGGCCGCGUCUGCGUCCCUCCCUGUACUCAUCCGCUCCCGGGGGGGCAUUGCCGCUGGACACCCCGCUACCCAUGACGCAAGUGUGGCUCAGGCUGCUGCCGUACCACAGGGGUCAGUUGCUCGUCCUGGCAUUGCUGCACGACGGGCCGCCGCCGGGUACGGAAGUCCUGGCGGCGCUGGCGGCCGUGCUGGGUCGCGGAGCCGGGCCGGCGGCGGCGGCGCUGGCGGCUGAGAUUCCUGCCCGCAGCGUGUGGCAUGAAAAGGGCCACCGGUACUGCUUCACAGACUCCCUGUGUCAUGUGACUCGCUACUCGCCCCUCAAGAAGGUUCUGACGCUGUCCACAGCCGCAGCAGCAGCAGCCAGCAGUGUUGCAGAUCGAACUACGGGCGCCGGCGACAGCGAGCUGGUUGUCCGUACCGGGUACGAUGCCUGGCUAGUGCUGCGGUCGGCUCCAGGGGGCAGGCGGCUCUAUGCGGCUUCGGAGCAGGGCCACCUGGCGGACUUGGCGUUGACUCAGGGCGUGGAGCCGUCGCUGGCGGCGGCUGUAGCUCCCACAGAUGCCCUGAACCGCUUUAACUCAGUCGUCUGUCAUUUGCACUUGCCGACGACGACGAACGCUCCCGAGCGCGCCAACAGUAUGGCGUCGCUAUUCGGGGCGUUUGCCCUAGGCGUUGCAGCUGCUCUAGGCCUUAGGGAAGAUGCUUCCCAACCAGAGCCUUAUGCCCUGCUAAUUUUUCCCGUAGGCUUUAACCCCCCAACGGUGGCUAUCGGCCUCUGCCAUUCCGCAUCUAAGCCGGAGGGCAAGAAAGACACCUUGCGCAACAUCGAGCAGACACGCGAGUUUGUGGUCAACGUCAUCAGCGAGUGGUUUGUGGAGGCCGCCAACCACACAUGCGGUGACUACCCGCCGGGGGUGGAUGAAAUGAGGCUAGCAGGACUUCACCCCAUGCCCUCAACCAAGGUGAGACCUCCCCGUGUGGCGGAGUCAGCCGUCCACCUCGAGUGCCGAGUGCGGGACAUCCACAUUGUGCGGGACAGCUCCGGAACCGUUACAACGUCCAUCGUGAUCGGUCAAGUGGUCGCGUUCCACGUCGCAGCCGCCGUAGCAGGUCGCAGUCCUUCGGGAAAGCUCGUGGUGGAUCUCGCACGUCUGGCGCCAGUGGCGCGAUGCGGCGGCGUCACGUACGCGCGCUGUACGGAGUUGUACGACAUGGCGCGCCCAGACAAGCACGGGCAGUACCCGAAGCCGCCCUCAGCAGCAGCGCCGGUGGCGGCGGCAUCGACAGCGUCGCCAGCACCCGUUGCCAAGACCACCAAGAUGCAGUGA